CCAGGAAGGGGUUGCUGAGAAUAUAGAGCAAUUGUCCUACAUCUGGCUCUAAUAAAGCCAGGGAAAGGCUGAGCUGAGAUGUGGCUGAAGUACCUCCCACAAGGAAGAGUGGCCAAGCAUUCCAAAGCAGUGAGCUGGAACCAGCGCAGAACAACAGAACUGCUGCGGAGUCCAGCACUAAACCUCUUCCACAAUCACUAAGAGCAAACGAUUUUGGAAUAAAAAUCCUUUACAGUCUCGGGAUAGAGCCAACGAUGGCUGGGAUUGUGGCCUGCAUCCUUCUUGUAUUUGUCACUGUGAUCACUGCCCAGCAACAAGCAGUUUUUUUGGAGUAUAUACAAGGAAGGAUGGGUGUUCUGGAGGAAAGACUAUCACAGUGGCACGACCAGAGUAGUCGGUAUAGUGGAGAACUUCGGGAUUUCAAAAACCAAGUCCUGAAGAUGCUUGAAAAUAUUGAGAAAGAACGGGAAAGUUUAAGAAAUGAGAUGGAGAACACCAAUGUUCGAGUUGACCGGUUGGAGCGGGAGGUUGACUACAUUGAAACGCAGAACCCUGCGCCACCAUGUGUGGAAAUUGAUGAAAAGUUGACAGAGCUUCAUGAUGCCAAGAAAAAGAAGAAAGAAAAAUAUGAGAAGAUCACCGAUUGCAGUGAUACUAUAUCUCAAGUUACUGCCAUGAAGAUUCUAAAACGAUUUGGGAGCUCUGCAGGCCUUUGGACCAAGGACCUAGCAGGGAAUUCAGAUCGGAUCUAUGUCUUUGAUGGAGCUGGUAAUGACACUGUGUAUGUGUAUCCCCGUAUGAAAGAAUUUACCCUUUCCUCUUCCACACGCAAGGCAGCCAAGAUUAAGCUUCCAUUUCCUUGGAUUGGCACAGGACAUAUAGUUUAUGAUGGCAACCUCUACUAUAUCCGGCAAGACAAUGAAUUUCAGGUAAUCAAGUUCAACUUGGCCAACAAAACGAUUAUUGAUAGUGCUGUUUUACCAAUCGAACAACAAGUCCCAGUGUAUGGUCUAUCCAAAUUUAACUACAUAGACAUUGUAGCUGAUGAAGAAGGACUUUGGGUCAUUUAUGCCACUAAAGAGAAUGAGAAAAACAUCUGCUUAGCCAAACUGGAUCCAAGUAGUCUUAGCAUUGAGCAGAUGUGGGACACACCAUGUCCCAUAGAAAAUGCUGAAAGUGCUUUUGUGGUCUGUGGUUCCCUCUAUGUAGUGUAUAACACUAAGCUUCCAAGUCGUUCGCGUAUCCAGUGUGUUUUUGAUGUCAGUGGCACCAUAUCUAGUGAAAAUGUCCCCAUUGUUUACUUCCCAAAGAGGUAUGGAUCCCAUUCCAGCAUGAAAUAUAACCCUAAGGAGAAACAGAUCUAUGCUUGGGAUGAUGGCUACCAGAUGUUAUACAAGCUAAACAUGAAACACAGAGAUGAACUUUAUUAAAAGGAUAUCAGGAAGGAUAUUUCUGUUGUUUGUGUCUGUCCAUUUAUCCAUUUUCAUUAUUGCUGUUUUGUGACCUGCAUAGAUGCAUAUGUUUUCCGUUGGAAAUCAUAGAAGGGCAUUUUCUUUAAAUAUAAGUGCCACCACAUGUGAUUCUUCAAACCUUGCUUUGUAUUUCUGGCCUUAUACACACUACACAGUUCAUGUUACUUUUAGACAAAAUGUUAACCAUAAAAAACCCUUUCCUAUAUGGUUCAGCAUAUAAGGAUGCAGUCUUUUGCUUAUUAUUUUGCCCAAUAACUUCUAGAUAACUAGUUCUGGAUAAUUUUCUACCUAUUUUCUUAGGUAGAAAAAAAAUAUGUAGGGAGGCUUAACGUAAGGUUGCUAUACAUGAACCAGUUUUAAAGAUAUAUGACUGAUGGGGUAGAUCCACUAGCCCAUCACUGACUGGCUAGAAUGGAUUAGAAUUACAUGAAAGUCUGCUGGGAUUGCCACCCCUCAUGGUGACAUAUGAAAGUACACUUUUUUAGCCGCCCCAAAUCAAAAUGUCUUCCUCUGCUUCCAGCCAUUAUUGAUACAACAUGCCAAAGCAUUAUUUUAGUUUCCUUAUUUGUUUAAAUUUUUAACGCUAGAAUUUAUUCUAAAGUAAAAUACAAUGUAAAAAAAAUAUCAGAUCACAAACAAAAUGCUAUGAGCUAUGUGCAUUUAUAAUGUAUUAUGGGAAGGAACCCCUAUUUUGGGGCUGAUUUGUUAAAAUGUCAGAAAACAAUUGUUUUAGAUUUCUAGUAAAAAUAGAAUUUUUUGGUUACAAAUUUUAUUGUUUUUUGUAUUUAUGGAAAGCCAAGUUUGGAACAAACAUUUUCAGUAAUGAGUCAAAAUCUUUUCAUGCUAUAAUUAAUUUCACCGCCUAUGGGAAAUUCAUGCUUGGCACAGUAUAUAUUUUGGCAAAAUUUGAUGUGGGUAAACUUGUCACUAAUGAUAGUGAAUUUAAUUUUGUCCCGAGACAAAAACAAAAAACACUGAGAAUCAUAAAAUACUUUCAUUACAUUUUACUAGACCCCUUUGUGUCUGUUUAGAUUAGAUCUAAGACAUAGAUUAUAUAGCAACAGGGAAAAUGUAACCUCCGUCCAAAACACUCAUAGCAGCCAGUCAAAUCUUUGCUUUCAUUAUUAUGAAGGAGCCAGAUCAUAACCCCUAACUAGGAAGUGAACUGUGGCAUUUGUUGUUCCUAUCACUACAUAACCCCACAACAAUUGGUCAGAGGAAGAGUAACAUAGUCUAGGUUUUUUAUUAGAAUAUAUCUGGACAUAAAUCCGCCCAUCUGAUAUAUGGGCAGCUUCCUUAUGAAUCAGGAGGUAAGUGAUGUGAUGCUUUUUUUUUUUACCUUAUGGAAACAAAAAUAUUCUUUGAUGGCUGUGCCAUUAGAAACAGCCACUGCUCUAUCAGUCGCUAUGUGUAUAUAUAUUGAAGCCGGCUUGUCAAGCUCUGUAUUUCAGAUAUCCAUGUUAAAGGGAAUGCACUGGUAAAUAUUGAAACUGUAUGGAUAUGAAAGCUGUCAGAGUUACAUAAAAUAUUUUCUUCAGCAUAUUAUUUACCAAUUGCUUUUUUCAAAGGCAGAUUUGCAGUGUAAUGCCCUUCAGAAACAAAAACAAUUAUUUUGCUCAUUUAUAUCGCUGCGUUCUACAUAUAUAUUCCUCAGAAUAUUUAUCAGAUCUAUGCACUGGCCUUGUUUAUUGAUUAAUUUACUUCUACUAGCACUCAGUAUUGGGCUCAUUUCUGAUAUAACCUAUACAAGCUGUGAAGUGCAGAUCAGUGGGAUGUACGAUAGAACCCAUGCUGCUAGCCAAUAUCUUUGUAAUUAUGUUUUGAAUAAAUCAAUUCUGAUAUACAUUGUGUAUAAACAGGUAAUUACUCCUGUUCUCUGAAGGUUGGCGUUCAGUGAGCUGAAAAUAAAAUAUUGCAGUCAUAAUUACUA